CGGACGCAGGCAGGGGGGGUCAGGGCACGCGGGCUGCCUGCGCUGGCGCGCCGACCUAGCUACGCUGUCUCUGCCGCUGCUGCAGCCACUGCCGUUGCGGGCUGCUCGAGGGCCUGGCUUGUGAGGGUGCGCGGGGCCAGGUGUGUCCGCCCAGCUUCAGGUUCACCUGUCACCAUGAAGCCGCUGCACCCAGCUCUCCCUCACUGCUUCCUGCUGACUCUACUCAGCAUAUGCAUAGCUGUUCCCGAGGCGCGCGCUGUGUCCACCGGGAUGCCUGCCAUCAGCGCAGCCUCUUUCCUGCAGGACCUCAUGCACCGCUACGGGGAAGGUGACAGCCUCAGCCUGCAGCAGCUCAAGACCCUGCUCAACCGCCUCAAUGUGGGAGUGAGCCGGGCCAACGUCUCCCAGUCUGUGCAAGAACAGAGGAACCUCUCAACGUGCUUCAGUUCUGGAGACCUCUUCGCUGCCCACAACCUCAGCGACCAGUCUCGAAUUAGAGGACCUGAGUUCCAGGAGUUCUGCCCCACCAUCCUCCAGCAGCUCGAUUCCCAGGCCUGCUCCUCUAAGAACCAAGAGAACGAGGAGAACAAGAAGACGGAAGAGGGGAGGCCCAGCUCAGUUGAAGUGUGGGGGUACGGUCUCCUCUGCGUGACCGUCAUCUCCCUCUGCUCCCUCAUGGGGGCCAGCGUGGUGCCCUUCAUGAAGAAGACUUUUUACAAGAGGCUGCUGCUCUACUUCAUAGCUCUGGCGAUUGGAACCCUCUACUCCAACGCCCUCUUCCAGCUCAUCCCUGAGGCUUUUGGUUUCAACCCAACGGAACGUGAUUAUGUCUCCAAGUCUGCAGUGGUGUUCGGGGGCUUUUAUCUUUUCUUUUUCACAGAGAAGAUCUUGAAGAUGCUUCUUAAGCAGAAAAAUGAGCACCAUCAUGGACAUAGCCAUUACACCUCUGAGACGCUCCCUUCCCAGAAGGACCAGGAGGAGGGGGUGACGGAGAAGCUACAGAAUGGGGAUCUGGACCAUAUGAUUCCUCAGCACUGCAGCAGCGAGCUGGACAGGAAGGCCCCUGUGCUCGACGAGAAGGUCAUCGUGGGCUCCCUGUCUGUCCAGGAUCUGCAGGCUUCCCAGAGCGCCUGCUACUGGCUGAAGGGUAUCCGCUACUCCGACAUCGGCACGCUGGCCUGGAUGAUCACGCUGAGCGACGGCCUCCACAACUUCAUUGAUGGCCUGGCCAUUGGAGCCUCCUUCACUGUGUCUGUCUUCCAAGGCAUCAGCACCUCGGUGGCCAUCCUCUGCGAGGAGUUCCCACACGAGCUAGGAGACUUUGUCAUCCUGCUCAACGCUGGCAUGAGUAUCCAGCAGGCUCUCUUCUUCAACUUCCUCUCUGCCUGCUGCUGUUACGUGGGUCUGGCCUUCGGCAUCUUAGCCGGCAGCCACUUCUCUGCCAACUGGAUCUUUGCACUGGCUGGAGGAAUGUUCCUGUAUAUUUCUCUGGCUGAUAUGUUCCCUGAGAUGAACGAGGUCUGCCAAGAGGAUGAAAGGAAGGGCAGUAUCUUGGUCCCCUUUGUCAUCCAGAACCUGGGCCUCUUGACUGGUUUCACCAUCAUGGUGGUCCUCACUAUGUAUUCAGGACAGAUCCAGAUCGGGUAGGGCCCGGCCAGGAGUUGGCAGGAUUGGAAGUCUGGCCCUUGGCUGCCCGAUCCCUGCCUGAGGACUCCUCAUCCGUGAAGCACCUCGGAAGAGGCAGUUCUCUUAACAACUGUGACACGGACUGUAUUCCUGCAUUCGAACGUCGGCUGUCUUGAAAAUGCUCUAUCCUAAGAGUAAGCUGCCCUGGUAACCGGCCUCUAGGUAGUGCCUCUGUCCUUUCCCUCUUCUUUCUCAGAGUGAUUCUGGAACCGAAUGCAGCCUCAACGACAAGCCUAACUUUUUUCUCUGGUCCCCCUGGCCUCUUUCUCUUCCAGCCAGCACAGAGACAUUUGAAUCCUUUGCCCCACAAUGCAAAAAGAUAACCGAGGGUCAUAACUAGGUUAGAAAUAUCAGGAGGUGAACCAGUCAUUUGGGGCCCAUCAAUCUAAAUGUGUAUCGUGGGUCUCCUGAUGACCUGGUUUUAAGUGAAUUUGCCUAUUUUUACAGAAAAGGUACGAAAAGACAGGAAUCUCUCGUUUUUCCAAAGUCUGCUCAGUUCCCUAUUCUGUCGAAGAGACCUGAAAGUUGGAAAUGGCCAGAGGAGAGGCAAGGCUUGUCCUGGGGGCCAGGGGAGGGGGUAUCUUGUCAGGACAGUUGCUUGUCCCUACCGGGACGCGGGGUGUUGACUUUGUGACCCUCCAGAUGAGCCGGCAUGGAGGUUCUUCUUUCAGGUGGACACUGACAGGCUGGGGGACAGAGGACUGACUUGUGAGCAGUCAGUGGGUUUUGUUGUGAUGUCCCCCCCCCCCCCAGCUCCUGAGAGCCUUUGCUGCGGCCUCCCUGGAAGCACAUUCUAAAGCACAGUCACGAUGCUCUUGUUAGAGGGGAGCCCGCACACAUUUACCUCCCCUAGUCAACUCUUCUGCCGCCAAGUGACAAGUUGACACUUGCUUUAGAAUUGCACUGAGCCUCAUGCUCUUCUAAACCAGGGUCUUCAAAAAAACCGAGUCAGUGCAAGCAACACGUAGGAUUUGUUCAUUCCAUGCACAGCAGUGUGAGUCCUAGAGCUCGAAGUAUUCGGCCUGGAUGGGGGGCACCCCCAGUGUUGAAGGAACGGAGGCCCUACUGGUUAUGCUUCACUGCCUUAGGUGACCCCCCCUCCCUCCCCCUAAACAAGGAAGGGUGAGUCCUGUAUUGAGUUGAAUAUGAAUUGCUCAAACUCUCUUCAGAAAACUGAUCGACAGACUUGUGUGUGUGUGAGACGGUCAGCCCGCCGCCAGCACUGUGGAGCCCUCUCCUCAGGGCUCUGGCUGCAAGGGGAGCUAACCUCCAGGUUCACUAGGUGAAUUGCUUUAUUAUUAUCAUAUUGAUAAUGUGAGAUUCCGUGGCCACUCUGGGGAGCCGACCUCUCCAGAAGCCUUCCUCAGUGGUGCCCACCGUUGCAGCCCAGGGGCUGUGUUCACAAACUGACCCUACACAUGACUGACCGGCCGGGUCGUCGCCACCACCCAUUCGUUUUUCAGUUCUGCCAGGCACACUUUCCACCCUACAGUAAUUAAAAGCAGCAUCUACUCCCCCUACCACCCCCCCCCACCCCCACUCUCCUGUGGGAAAUGGCCCCCAGACCAGGAAUAUUCUUCAAAAGAACAUGAGCGGGAAAACUGCCAGUGAUGCUUUAUUAGUAUUUCUCAUCUUGCCUGAUGUCUCUGAUAGAUUUGAGAAUGGGCGGAUGAAGGAAAACUCAGUUCUCAAGAUUUUAGAUGAACUAUCAGGACGGACUCCCUAAGCAGGAUGCUGGUCCAGUUUUUACCAAAGAACCAAUUCCGUGAAUGUUGGAACCUAACUCUUUUUUUUAUAUUACCAUUAUGAUAUCAUUACUGUGUUAAAAGCGAGUCUUUGUCUUUUCUGUUGUACUUUUUUCAAAUUGCUUUCAGGAGCUAGCUGGAAAUAACGUUUUAUAAAGACUUGAGAAGAUUUUGCUUCCCUUCAUUCACAUCGAUGUAUUAAAUUUCUAAUUUUAGCAUCGCCUAUAGAUCUGUCAUUCCUUCCAAAUGCCGUUAUUCUUGGAGUAGAAUCCUAAGGAAGAGUUAGUGGGUUCUAGGUUUAGACGAAGAGCUAAAAAACGUAGUCUUUAACACAUUAAAAAAUAAAAUAUGAAGUAGUAGGGUGCUUUCCCAUCUACAUUAACCCCUUUCCUUUCAGAGACAGCUGCCUUGAGGGAAGUGGGUCCAGGGGCCAGUCCUAGUUGGAGCUGAGGAGGGGUGAUUAUGUGCUGACCUUGGCCAUGAAUUGAAAGUGUGGCAGUUUCUUUUUUGACUUUUAAGUGUUGGAUUUGCUGUUUUAAGCAUUUGUACAUACAUAUGAGAAGUCUGAGGAGUAGUGAGUUCUGGGGACCUUUUCACCCCCGGCAUUAGCAUCUUCAACUUCUCUUGCCCACGUUGACCUGGCCCUGGCCCUGGCCCUGGCCCUGGCCCCUAUUAAGGAUAACGAGGAAUGAUGUGUCAGGUGCAGGGGCGGGGAUUCUGCUGCUUCUCACCCUCACCCUGGCUUGCAGGUUGUUCCUGCCCCAAAGGUAUUUUUGUGUCUAGUGUUAGCUUGGGUCUUUCCUUCACUGGUCCUUCACCCUGGGUGUUAAAAAAGAAGGCUUCUCUCUUCUGAUGUUUUUAGUUAAGUCCUCUUCCACAUAGUCAUAUGGAAAUGGUAAUAUGUUGGAAGUCUGCUUAAAAAACAAAAUGUUGACUGAUUUUUGAAGAGGGAGGUUAGGUUUUUAUUAUUCAAAUUUCCUUCUAUGGUUCUGUAAUUCCAUCACAGUAUUUUUUUAAAAUGACUCAGGUGUUAUGAGGAUAAAUUAGAAGAGAAAAUAAGUUAUGUGGACUGUAAAUGUUUUUAUUUAAGAUUCUAUUAAAUAAAGCUAUAUUCUGUAA